AUGGCUCUUGAGUAUGUACAUCAUGGAAAGUUCUCUGUUAAAUCAGAUGUGUUUAGCUUUGGAGUGCUGGUUCUGGAGAUAAGCAGUGGUCAUAAAAAUAGUAGCUUUCACAUUAAUGGGAAGCAGAGGAUCUUUUUAGCUAUGCAUGCAUGGAUACACUGGAGGGAAGAGAUGGCUUUAAACCUCAUAGAUAUUCAACUUUGA